UCCAUUUCUCCCAGCAACGCCGUCCCCUCCACCCCCCACCCCACCCCCCGCAGCAAGAUGGUGCAGAAGAAAGCAGAGAUACCAGGUUUCCACUGCUCCUUCAAGGGACAAAACCCCUUUGACCUGGAGUUCGACCAGUCCAACCACCUGGAGCCCGUCUUCAACUUCGAGUGCCCGCCCCAUCCCAGUGAGCUGGGGGUGCUGCAGGUGCCCUCCUGCGGGGCUGCAUCCUGGGGGGCUCCUCCCAUCCUCACCCCUGACAUGCCCUCAAGUCAACCCAUUGAUAUCCCCAAUGCCAAGAAAAGGAACAAGAAGAAGAAGCGCUGCAGAGCCACCAACAGCUUCUCUGGCAGGUUCGAAGAUGUUUACCAGCUGCAGGAGGAGGUGCUGGGAGAAGGGGCCCAUGCCAGAGUCCAGUCCUGCGUCAACCUCAUCACCAACAAGGAGUAUGCAGUGAAGAUCAUCGAGAAGCGUCUGGGACACAUCCGCAGCAGGGUCUUCCGGGAGGUGGAGAUGCUGUAUCAGUGCCAGGGACACAGGAACGUCCUGGAGCUGAUUGAGUUCUUUGAGGAGGAAGAGAGGUUUUACCUGGUGUUCGAGAAGAUGAGAGGAGGCUCCAUCCUGACCCACAUCCACCGGAGGCGCCACUUCAAUGAGCUGGAGGCCAGCAUGGUGGUGCAGGAUAUCGCCAGCGCCCUGCACUUUUUGCACAACAAAGGAAUUGCACACAGGGAUCUAAAACCAGAAAAUAUUCUGUGUGAGAGCCUAGACCAGGUCUCUCCGGUGAAGAUCUGCGACUUUGACCUGGGAAGCGGCAUCAAACUCAACAGCGAUUGCUCCCCCAUUUCCACCCCGGAACUGCUCACCCCGUGCGGCUCUGCUGAGUACAUGGCCCCAGAGGUGGUGGAAGCAUUCAACGAGGAGGCGUCCAUCUACGACAAACGCUGUGACCUGUGGAGCCUGGGUGUCAUCCUGUACAUCAUGCUGAGCGGGUACCCCCCCUUUGUGGGCCACUGCGGCUCCGACUGCGGCUGGGACUGGGGUGAGGCAUGCCACACCUGCCAGAACAUGCUCUUCGAGAGCAUCCAGGAGGGCAAGUACGAGUUUCCUGACAAGGACUGGGCGCACAUCUCCUUCGGAGCCAAAGACCUAAUUUCCAAGCUGCUGGUGAGAGACGCUAAGAAGCGGCUCAGCGCGGCCCAGGUCCUGGAGCACCCCUGGGUGCAGGGGUGUGCCCCAGAUAAUACCCUGCCGACCCCCAUCAUCCUGCAGAGGAACAGCAGUGCCAAAGAGCUCACCUCCUUUGCUGCCGAGGCCAUUGCUGUCAACUGCCAGCUGACACGGUGCAAUGAAGAUGAGGAGGAGGCGGAGGAGGAAGCACAACCCAUCAUCAUCAAAGCUACCUCACGGGCUGUGCAGCUCUCCCCCCCCUCCGAGUCCAAGCUGGCCAAGCGGCGGCAGAAGAGCAGCCUGGCAAAGGCGGUGGCUGCCGGGCAGCACCUGGUGGCCCCGCUGGUCCUGGUGGUCGACCAAGCCUGAGCUGUGCCACUCCAACCUGCUGUACCCUGUGUCCCCCUCCUCUUUCUUUCUUCCCCCCCCCCCCCCCCCCCCGCCCCCGAAAAAAACCCCACUGUUUCUGACUAGUGACAAGAUCAGUACUCGUCCCUGUGGCUGGUUUCCAAGGUUUUGCUGAUCUUGUAGGUCUGGAGGUGGGAGGGUUUGUUUGAUCUGUUUUUUUAAGGUAUUAAAUCAAGCGUGAGGUUGCUUCACCCAGGGCAUACUCAAGGACAUCUGACAGACACACAGACUUUUGUUUCCUGACUCUUUGUUUCUCCUCUGACAUUUCUCCCCCUCCCUGACACCAAAGGACUCUUUGUAUCCACGGCUGCUUUGACGAUUUCAGCUCAUUUCAUACUGUGAACAGAAGAUCCUCGGUCGUGUUUUCAACAACAGGAGUUGUGUUUUAACCUUGCCCCUCCCCUCAGAGCUGCAGGUUUUUCUCUGAUUUUGGGGCAGAUCCCAUGAAACACCCCUCCCCGGGGGUCUGGGAGGCACCUCCCAGGCAUGGGGAGCCCCUUCGUCCCAUGCUCGGGGGCAUCCCCAGCUGUGCUUUGGAGGGAUGCAGUGGGUGUUGUGCAGUGAACUGCUUGGGCCAGGAGGGAUGGUGCCCUGUCCCACUGAGCUGCCCUCUGUCCUUGGCAGCCCACUUCCAGAAUAAGCUAUUCAUCCCCCACUUUUUUUUUUAAAUUAUUGUUGGUUUUAAGCUGCUAGCUGUGCUUGUCUACAGGGCAUGGAGAAAUGUCUUCCUUUCUUCCCACGCUCCAGCUGGCAGCUCCCCUGGGGUAAGGUCAGAGCUGGGGGAUGUAGAGGUGUCUAGGGCUGUGCUCUUGUGCUGGGUUGGAUGUUGAACCCCUGUUUUUGGAGGGGCUGCUCACCAGUGGCUGUGCUCUUGUGGAUGCACAAGGUUGGAAUGAGGUGUCCAGGGUGGCUGGAGCAGCCAAAAAGUAUCCCUCUGGGAAUAGCUGGGUGCUGUAUGGCAAGAAAAGGACCCAUCUUAAGAGUGUUGGGACCUGCUUGCAGGGUGGUGUGACUUGGUGUGGCUUCAGGCUGGCCCCGAGGCUGCUGUGGCAGGAGGGUCUGGGGGUGCAGAGGGUGCCGAGUGCUCCGAGGAUGCCAGUGGGCAAGUGGCCAGGCUGGCAGCAGCAUGCAAGGGCCAUGGCGUGGGGGAGCAGCCUGGGGAGGGCUUGGAAUGUGGGGCUGGAGUGUUUGGGGUUGGGGUAGCAGCGCCUGGGCAGUGCAGGGUUUGAUGGGUGGCUGGGGAGAGGAGCUGGGCACAUGUGUUCCCGCAUGUGUGUGCAUGCAUCUGCCCUUUCCUCAGAGCUUGCUUUGCUUUGGGGAAGGGAGGGAGUGCAUGCGGGGGAAGGGCUUGAGAUGCUGAAUCGGGACGGGGCCCUUGGCUGGUUUUGGCUGCACAGGGCAGGAUCUGUCUGGGUGAGUGAGUGGUGCCCAUGCUUGGAGCCAGGCUGGUGGCCAGCUCCUCCGAACACCCCCUGCACCAAGCCAGAGCAGUAAACCUCUGCUCCCCACCAUGGGCUGUGCCACCGAGCUGCACCCGCUGCAUCCCCCCAUCCCGCCGGGAGGGAGGCUGCCGCCUUCGUUACUGAUCUCCUCUCCCUUCCAACUCAACACUUUGAGCUUUAUAUUUUGAAAAAGCCUUGGCCCAUCAUGUGAACAGGUGAAGCCUUUGGGAGCUUGCUUUGAGCUGGGGAAGAGACUUCCCCAGUCUUCAGCUGAAGACAGUCACUGUCUCCAGGGGGGGAAAAAAUGAAAAAGUUACCUUUUAUUUUAAGACUGCUGAUGGCCGUACUAUGCAAUAUAUGUUGUUGUUUUUUGUUUCAGGGAGGUGUGUGUGAGUUAUCUCAGGAGAUGGUGAUGUUGAGUGUUGAUGGAGUUUGGGGCAGGGACUGUCUUUUCUCACCCUUCCUGGUCUUUCUGCCGAGUGGCAUUGGUGGGUUGGGGAGGGCAGCUCCCCCCCAAAAACCGCCUUGCACUUGCAAUCUGCCCUCUCCCCCGGGUGCCCCGGUCCCACCAUGCAGGGUGGGGAGGAACGGGGUGGUGGUGAGGGGAGACCCCCCCCACGCAGGCACCGGGACACUCCAGAGAGGCCUCCUUUAAAGGAAGAAAAAAAAUCCAUCUUGAUUGUACCUUGUUACUUUUUAUAGCUUAUUUUAUCAGUUGUAGAUAAUUCCUUGUUGUCUUAUAUUAAGAAAUACUUGAAUGAUGUACAGUAUGCGAUGCCUUGAGCUGGUAUUGUGAAAGCUAUUGUUGAUGCUGCAUGCCGCAGCCUUUUUUUAAAACAAACAAGAAAAUCAUGGGAAGGGGAUGGCAAGGGGAUGUCUCUGAAAUAUGCUUUUUUUUGUCCCCUGUCCUUUUCUUGGCAAACAAAGUUUCCCCCUUGUCCCACGUGCAAGACCAAACUCUUUAUAUAUAUAUAUAUGCAUAUAUAUGUAUGUGUAUAUAUAGACACACAUUCUUCUGAUGGCUGGCUCAUGGCCCAGGUGACCCGUGCUGUGUGGGAGCUCAUCCCUGUGGGCACUGUGCUGCUGCGCGGGCAUCCUUGGCUGGGGACGCCUGCAGCCAGCAGCUGCUGCGAGUGUUUACAUCGAGGGGGUGGAUGUGCUGGCAGCAUCUGAGCUCUUUGCUGGUUGCUCAGCCCAGGCUUGGCUUCGUGUUUUGGCUUGAGGGUUUGGUUUGGCUGUGAACCUGGUGCUCCUGGCGUGGCGCUUGGCGGAGGGUCCCAUGCCACCAGGAUGGCAAGCCCCCAGCAGCUCUGGUGCGUGGCAUGUGUGGCAGGGUCUGUGUGUUUAGAGAGGAUCCUUAAAUGCCUCCAGAGCUGGCAGAUUGACUCUGGAACACCUCUAGCCGUGACUUUGCACAAGACAUUGGGGAGCCGUGGGUGCCUCGGCAGUGCAGGGCUCGGCACUGCACUGGGCCAGCUGGGGAGAGGCUCAUGCCGGGGCCAGAUAUCCCCUCCCAGUGCCAGCGCCUCUCCCGGGGUGGUUUCCAGACAGAUGCUUCCCUCUCGCCAACACCCUUCUUCCUCCUCUUCCUCUUUUAAAGCCUUUCCCCCCCAUAGAGCAUCUGUCUUGGAAACCAACUUCAAAAAUAUUUUUUUAAGCUGGAAAUUUUAAGCAUUUUGGCUGCUUCUCCUUCCCCCCUGCCCUUCCUUCAGCCAACUAACUCGACUUAGAACUGGUUAGAAAUGAUUACUGUGAAGCUAACUUUUUAUCAAAGACAGGAGAAACUUUCUCCACUUUACAAUUGUCAAACCAGCUUUGGCAGUCUUCAAGAGUCCUGUUAAUGCACUGUUGGUCUGUACAAAGGCAGCCUCUGCUCAGGGGCUGGCUGGAAAAGAAAAAUGAAAACAAGACAAAAUCCCACAAAACCAAGCACUUUACUGUAUGUACCAGGUGAACUGAUACAGCUGAAUUGAAGUUUUCCUUUAUAACAAUUGUUGAUGCCAGAAUUUUGUAUUGUUUUGUAAGAAUUUAAUAAAAAUGAAUUGAGACCUA